AUGAAGUUUACAUCUUCAGUUCUUCAGCUUUUGUCGCUGUGCCAAAUCGCGUCCGCAUCGCCAUGCAAGCCUUCUUCUUUAACUGUCACUUCGGCGGCGCCAGCAAGCACCACAGAGGCCACUGAGACAGAGUCAUCUACGGCCUUUAUCCACGAAACUACAGCCACUACCGACUAUGAGACAUUGUCCGACUCAUCUACCAUCGCCACUUCGGUCGCAACCUCAAGCGCUGAGGUUGAGCCCACGGCAACCACCACUACCGCAUCAGGACCUACCAAUCUGAUCAGCAACCCCGGUUUCGAAGACUCAACCGUCGCGCCUUGGACCAUCUACAACAAUGUCGGAGCCUUGAGUAUAGCCAGCGGUUCAGGCCUACCCCCAUCACCCCAAGCAGGGCGAUUCAGCGCCUCUGGAGAAAACCUCAGCAACAUGGGCAUCAGACAGAAUCUUGAUUCAUCCUUUAUCGUUGCCGAUAAAGAGUAUCGCUUUUCUGUCUACACCAAAGUUACAGCCUCCAACUUUUGCAUCUCGCAAACAAUUGCAUGCGGUGCAGGAACAGGUUUCGUAAACUCGGCGAAUUGGGGUGCAGUGCAGGCGAAUGGUUGGCAACUGACGACGGUUACUUGUUCGUGGAAUGAGGCUCAGUUAGAUGCUGGACCCAGUGUCCAGGUCACGGGACUCUUGGCGCUGUGUGAGCUGACUUCAGCCUCGCCAUGCAAGCCCUCUUCUCAAACUUCCAAUCAUAUUACACCCACCAGCACUUCCAGCUUUGGCAAUGCUGAGUUGACUAGUACAGAUAUAUUUUCGACAACAUCGUUGACGACAGAGUCUGUCACCUUUUCGGACCCAUCUUCCAGGAUACUUUCUGCAGAGACUGAGUCUAUCACAUCGACAGCUGUCCUUUCAUCAGCUUCAGUUACGAAGACAGAAUCAUCGGCCAUAGCCUCCUCUGAAACAACAACUAUUGCCGAAAGCACCACGACAUAUGAGUCUUUAGUCUCUACAACCUCAGCUGUAACCUCGGCUGCAGCUUCAGUCGAGACAUCAACCGACGAGGCACCCACCACGACAACAUCUGUUAAGCAACAGUUUACCAACUUAAUUCACAACCCCGGCUUUGAAGACCCUACCUUCGCGCCCUGGGAAGCAGGAAAGAUCGGAGAUCGCGGAUGGCUAUCCAUCCGCAGCGACACGUCUCGUCCAGGAUCACUCCAAUGCGGCGUUUUCGAUUCUUCAGUUCCGCCUACGGGAGGGCUGAGACGCAGACUUAUCCAGCCGUGGACCUCGACCGUCAAACAGGAUAUCGACCCAUCCAAGAUCGUCGUCGGAAAAGAGUAUCGCUUCUCAAUUUUUCAAAAGACCACAGCGUCCAGCGGUUGUAAUAUCCAGCGGUUGGGAUGUGGAGGGAGGUCGACGUCGGCCGGUUCGGGGGACUUUGGAGGUCCUCUGAACACGUGGGCUUUGGGAGCAAUUAGCUGCACAUGGAACCAAGGUCAGCUUGAUGCUGGACCCUUUGUUUCUCGCACUAGGCGUGAUGACAGGAACCGAGCUGGCCACAGACCUGAUGCACUUCCCCAUCGUGCUACCACGUUCAUGACCGAUAUCUGCAUCUUCGUAAAAUCUCCAGUUGCGAUAGAGCUUCUAUUCGACUUUGCCACUAGCCCAAUGUUGCUUAUGAUGGUAUCACUACCCUCACUCGAAGUUGCCGAUGCUGAAGGAUGGCCAUGGCCUGGGUUUGGCGCCCGUGAAGGCAACGAAUUCAAUCACAAACGAGUUUAG